CAGAGACACCGAUACCGAAACCAAAACCGACAUCGAUAUCGACAUUGCACAGUAGGCAGCGGUAACGGCAACGCAACAAAUUUGUUAAUACAAUAGUAGCAGAAGAAGCAACAGCAACAAAAACCAGAAAACAAUUGCCAUUUAGAUAUGGGCAAGAAAGACAAGAAAAAUAAAGAAGAGGCGGACGCUGCAGCAGCUGGAGAUGCACCCCCUACCGAUGGCGCACCAGCUGGAGAAGGUGGCGAUGGUGAGAUUGUGGGUGGACCACGCAACCCGCAACAAAUUGCGGCACAAAAACGUUUGCAACAGACACAGGCACAAGUCGAUGAGGUCGUCGAUAUUAUGCGCACGAAUGUCGAGAAGGUGCUGGAACGCGAUCAGAAACUCUCGGAACUGGAUGAUCGCGCGGAUGCCUUGCAACAGGGUGCCUCGCAGUUCGAACAGCAGGCGGGCAAGCUAAAACGAAAAUUCUGGUUGCAAAAUUUGAAGAUGAUGAUAAUAAUGGGCGUUAUUGGUCUUGUCAUCGUUGGCAUUAUAGCAAAUAAACUAGGCCUAAUAGGUGGUGAGCAGCCGCCCCAGUAUCCACAGUAUCCGCAGUAUAUGCCACCACCGCCGCCACAGCAGGCGCAGCCCGCAGCCGGAGGACAACCCGCUCUGGUCGAUGAUGGAGUCGGUGCUGGUAAAGCGCACGAGGGCGGCGUAUAAGUAAUUCUUGAGGGCAUUUACUUGUAAAGCCUGGCAGCGAAAUCUUAAAUAAACAUAAAGGUGUGACGACGCACUUCAAGAACAUAAGGAAAACUCAGUUAUAGCGAAAUCUCAAUGGCAAAAAUAAUUUCCACUCAUAAUAAUAUUGAUACUAGCAAUUCUAAUAAACCUCUAAAAGACGCUCCGGACAAAAUAAAGUUGUUGCUAAUUUGUUUAUGGUUACAUUAUUUCAUGCAUAAAAGCUAUAUAUAUAAUAAAUAUAUAAAUAAAUAUUUAACGCAAAAAAAAGUAUGCUAUAUUUAUAUAUGAAUUAAAAUGAACAUCUAUAUUGUACUUACUAGCUCUGUGCUGGCAACAAGGAGCCCAGAAGCAAAGGACCUUCGCGUCUGUGCAGCACUUUAAACUCAGUUUCCUUAGCUAAAAAAUAAAACAAAAAUGAAUUUGGAACAAAUGUAAAACUUUUGAACCAGCGCUAUAGACAAAAUCUAAGCUUUUGUUCCUAAAUAAAAAUAUCUUAAAUGUGUGUGUAAUCCAAAAAGAGAAAGUCCGUACCGCUAACAGCCAAGUUGGUCAGAACUAAUCUACAUGCCUAUAUAUAAAUGUAAUCAUAUAAGUUUUCAGUGCAAAAAAUAAAUAUCCAAGGAAAAUUGUAGAAAAAGAUAGCAACAAAUAAACAAACAUGAAUGGAAUUAGCAAGCAAGUGUAUACAAAAAUAUAUACUGAAUGUAUUUAUUUGGCAUUUUUGGUUCUAAGUAGCGAGCGAAUAUUGUUAAAUAGUUGUUUUUAAAGACAGGCAAAGAAAAUGGUUAUUAAAAAAUAAAAAAACAAACAGUUCAACGAUUAAAUUAAGCGCUUGACACAAUUUGUUCAUGAUGGCAACAUUUUAUUUUAAAAAGAAAGGUAUAAUGCAAUAACAGCAAA